AUGGCAACCGCCAGCUCAAUCGACCACCGGAGCUGGGUAACCACAAUCCAAAACGAAGCCGCCAACCCAUCCAAAGAACUAAACCUAUGGAGAAAACACUCCAUCUACCGCGUCCCCUCCUGCAUCAAAGACCUAAACCCCAAAGCCUACCGUCCCCAAAUCGUCUCCUUCGGUCCUCACCACCACGGCGACCCCGACCUUGCGAGCAUGGAAGAGCACAAGCGCCGCGCUCUCCUCCACCUUCUGCGCCGAUCCAAGAAGCCGCUGGAAGACUUCGUGGCCGGGAUGGAAGAGAUUGUGGAGAGAUUGCAGAGCUCUUAUCAGGGGCUUGAGGAUAGGUGGAAGGGGAUUGGCGGAGACGAAGAAUUUCUGCGGUUGAUGGUGGUGGAUGGGUGCUUCAUGCUGGAGAUUCUGCGACUUAAUGUUGGACAGUUUGGGGAUUAUGUUAGUGAUGAUCCGAUAUUUAGUAAUCACGGGAUGUUGCACACUCUUCCUUAUAUUAAGAGGGAUAUGCUUAUUGUUGAGAAUCAAUUGCCGUUGCUCGCGCUGGAGAAGUUGGUUUCGAUCGAGACAGGCAAACCCGCGAACCCAGAUCAAAUAAACCGACUAGUUCUGAAGCUCUGCUCGCCGGAACCACUAGCUCCAACCCCCGGCAUCGGCCUCGGUCUCCACCCUCUCGACCUCUACCGCCGCAGCCUCCUCCAACCGCCUUCCUCCCCAACCGACCUCCCACCCCGAUUCCGCUCCUCCGACUCCUCCCCCGCAGGCAUCAUCCGCUCCGCCAUCGAGCUCUACGAAGCCGGCAUUCGCUUCCGAAAGAGCCACACCAACAGCCUUCUCGACAUCCGCUUCCACCACGGCGUCCUCAGCCUUCCCCCCAUCGUCGUCGACGACGCCACCCAAUACGCCUAUCUCAACCUCAUGGCCUUCGAACGCCUCCACGUCGGCGCCGGCAGCGAGAUCACCUCCUACGUUUUCUUCAUGGAUAACAUAAUCGACUCUGCUAAAGACGUCAGUUUGCUUCAUUCGAAAGGGAUCAUACAGAACGCCUUGGGGAGUGAUAAGGCGGUGGCGAAUCUCUUCAAUUCGCUCUCCAAGGACGUCACGCUGGAUCCGGAUAGUAGCCUCGAGGCCGUGCAGAAGCGGGUAAAUGCUUAUUGCCAGAAGAGCUGGAAUAUGUGGAGGGCUAAUUUGAUACAUACUUACUUUAGGAGCCCGUGGGCGUUUCUGUCGCUUGCCGCUGCCAUUUUCCUACUCGUGCUUUCGGUUGUUCAGACGGUCUACAGUGUGUUGCCUUAUUACCAGAGUGCAGGUUCAGAGGAGGCAGUGGUGGCGACGCCGCCGCCUCCGCCGAUGGCUAUUCCUCCGGCUCUAACUCCUCGCCGGGGCCAUUGAGCUGUUUGGAUACCGUAUUGUUGCGUUUGGUUGAGAUUUUGAUGUUUGCGAUAUACUGAUUUGGGCUAUUUGUUUUGUUUGUUAUUAUUGAUUUUAUUAACAUGAAAGUGUUUGAUUGAUUUUGGUUUGGAGAAGAAAUUUGAGGUGUUGUGUUGAUUUAUGAAA